CUGAACAUUUAAGCUAAUAUACUAAUCAGGUUUGGUUUAAUACGCUUCUAUGUGUAUAACAUAGUGUACACUCUACGUGGCACCGUCCCGUUAUAAACAUAAAAGCGUAAGUUGCUGGGUUAAGUUUCCCGUGUGAUUCGUGUGUUUUGAACAAGGAAAAACGGCGAACGCUGAAAAUGGGAAUUGCGGAGUUGUACGAUUUUUAUUGGAAUCAAUGCGCUGAUCCACGAACGAACCAUUUGCCGUUCGUUAGCUCGCCCAUUCUUAUCCCGACCAUUAUAUUCACGUAUCUGUACUUUGUUUUAAAAUAUGGACCGGAGUAUAUGAAGGACAGGAAACCGUACAAAUUGAAAACUUUCAUAAAAUACUACAACGUCUUCCAAAUCAUCGCCAAUGCGUGUAUAGUGCAGCAAUUCAUCAGCGUUGGUUGGUUCACCGAAAUAUCAGUAUUUUGCGAAUUACCAGACUACUCCUACAAACCUGGUCCCUACAAGCUGGCUCACAUAAUGUGGCUCGGGACAAUAAUGAAAUUAAUCGACUUGGUCGAAACGGUGGUAUUCGUGCUGAGGAAAAAGGACAGUCAAGUCUCCUUUUUACAUCUGUACCAUCACAUAUCGACGCUGCUGUUGUCUUGGUACAUAACGAGAUACUACGCAAUUGCCAUGGCGUCGUUUACGCUUUUAGUAAACUGCACCGUCCACGUGAUCAUGUACACCUAUUAUUUGUUCAGCGCAUUUGGCGACAACGCGCAGAAACUGUUAAACCCGUUCAAACCUCUGCUGACCAUCACUCAAAUGGCACAAUUCGUCAUCCUGCUGCUGCAGCACUCGCAAUCGUUUUUGCCAUCGUGUCCAGUGUCGAGGGUGCCAGGCACGAUAUCUGGGAUUAACCUGAUCAUGAAUUUCGUCCUAUUCUACAACUUUUACCAGAGAAGGUACAAGCCACAAGGAAAGAAGAGUUGAAACAGCAUAUACUGUAUCUUUCAGUUACAAGUGUUAAUGUUC